GAUCAGAUACAAGAAGCCUCCUCAACAAUCUACUCUCUCUGUCUCUGUCUCUGUCUCUUUCAUAAUUUUGCUAUAUAGUAAUAGUAUAAAAAAUCUUAGUAUUAUGAUUUUUGUGAAUUUUAUAGUUUUGAAUCCCACACUGGGCUUAAAGCCUAUCUAAUUGGGAUGUCAAUGAGCUUAUUUGCAUUCAAUUGAAUUUUUUCUGAGUUUGUUGAGGUUCUUAAAUAACCUGGUUAAUCUGCAACUAUAUCAAAACGAGCUAUCUGGCCAGGUACCGGCUGAGUUCGGCAAGUUCACGAAGCUUUGUGACCCUUUCUCUGUAUAGAAACAGCUUCACUGGUCCGCUGCCUCAUAACCUUGGCUCGUGGGCUAAAACUAAUGUCAUCGACGUCUCUGAGAAUUUUUUUACCGGUCCAAUUCCACCAGAUAUGUGCAAGCAAGGUACUUUGUGGGGGCUUGCAAUGUUGCAAAACAAUCUUACCGGUGAAAUUCCAGCAAGCUAUGCCAAUUGUUCCACUUUACGUAUUUUUGUAGUUAAUCAGAACUUCCUUUCAGGUAACAUUCCUAUUACAUCCGAACAUAGACUCGAUUGAUAUCUCAUUCAAUGAUAUCCAAGGCCCAAUUACAUCCGAUAUCAAAAACGCCAAGUCUCUUGUAAACUUAUUUGCAGGACACAAUCGCUUAUCUGGGGAAUUACCCACAGAGAUUUCAGAAGUCACAUCUCUAAAGUCAAUUCAACUGAAUGAUAAUAGACUGACUGGGGAGAUCCCAUAUAUGAUUUGCAAUGUUAAGUUUUCUUGAAAUUUUGGAUAUCGCUAAUGACAGUUUGGAAGGCAAGAUUCCACAAUGUAUAGGUAACUUUAGUUAUUAUCUUAGGGUGAUGAAUUUGGGAAUGAAUAAUUUCCAGGGCACCAUAACUGAUGCAUUUGCAAAGGGUAAUCAGUUGAGAACUAUUGUCUUCAAUGACAAUAAUUUAAAAGGGCUAUUACCAAAAUCUUUUAUCAACUGUACAAAUCUGGAAGUUCUCGACCUCGGAAACAACAUGAUUAAUGAUUUAUUUCUUCAUUGGUUUGAAGCUCUUAUCAAUCUGCAGGUUCUUCUCUUGAAAUCCAACAAAUUCCAUGGACCUAUAGGAAAUCAUAACACUAGUGGGGUGUUUUUCUUUAAGCUAAGAAUUCUUGACUUGUCUCACAAUGAGUUUACAGGUCUUUUACCGAGAAAUUAUUAAAUGGGUUGAAUGUUUAGAGUGGAAAAGUAUAUUUUCCCAUGUAUUUUUUUCAUAUUUAGUCAUUGUUUUGCAUAAUUAUUGACUUUGUUUGGUCUUUUAGGCAUCUGAAUUUGUGGUAGAGAACAAAAAGCAUGAUUUAUUGAGAGCUAUCCAAGAGACAAAACGAGGACUUGUUGCAACUGCUGACCAACGCUCUUCCAUUGAGGAGGCUCUUGUUAGUGUGGAGGGUUAUAACAUGGGUUUGCCAAUUGAUCUUGUAAAGUUGGAUGGGACAUGGCACCUGCAGUAUACUUCUGCCCCUGAUGUUCUCAUUCUUUUCGAAGCUGCAGCUAGACUUCCUUUCUUUCAGGCUGGGCAAAUUUUUCAAAAAUUUGAGUGCCGAGAUCAAUCAAAUGGGGGUUUCAUCCGUAAUGUUGUUCGAUGGAGUAUUCCAACCUUAAUAGAGAUAACUAUUCAAAAUAUAAAUGUCAGUGAACAGCUGCAAGCUCUAAUAGCUCCAGCAAUACUGCCACGAUCAUUUUUAAGCCUACAGAUCUUGCAGUUUAUCCGUGCUUCAGAGCUGAGAUCUCUAUAAAUCAUGUGCUGAGUCUACAAUGAUGAUAAUUGAUAGCGUUUGAGAAGUUCCUGCAACCAUUUUGGAGUGACAACUGAAGUAAAACCCUUUGGUACUACUAAAGGUCCAAAACUAUAUGAAGGGAACGUUUUGUAACUUAACAUUUAUUUUUAAUUCCCCUUCUUUCAAUAAACAUGGUAAACUAAUUAGAGUUUUUUUUUUUUUGGUAAAUGGACUUAGUCCAACAUUUUCUAUUGCAUUGUAAAACAUACAUGAAGGGAACGUUUUGUAACUUAACAUUUAUUUUUAAUUCCCCUUC